AUGGCAGAGAACUGCCAGAGCGAGGAGACCCUCAAUCCUAGCGCACCUAGAAACCUCGAAAAUUGUUCAGGGGUUGAUUCGCUUGCUACGUCUACUGCGAUGACCGCCGAAAGAGCUUACUACCAUUUCGGUGAUUUCUUCAUCAAAAGAGGCCUUCGGCCGAGCGAAUACAAGACCACUGUUCGAGGCACGAAGCAUAUCCCCCGACUAGGGAAAGAACGACUCCAAAACGAGGCCGCAGCGUUGCGUUUCAUUCAACGCGUUAGCAACAUCCCUGUUCCAACUUUGUACGGUGCUUUCGAGGUCGACGACUUAUUUAUAUUAAUCACAGAGCACAUUGACGGCAUUCCUAUGUCAGGUUUAUCGGAAGAUCAAAAAAGUGUCGUCCGUACUGAAGUUGAGCAACACCUAGCCACCCUCCGUGGGAUCAAAUCGGACACUAUUGGUGGCCCUUCAGGGAUAGUACUCCCGCCAUAUCGAGUAAUGCGGCUCUCGGAAAAAAAUGAAUGGCCACGGAAAGUGUCUAAAGAUGGCAAAUAUGUCUUCUGCCACACUGAUCUUGCCCAGUAUAAUAUCAUUGUCGAUCCUCAAACAUUGAAAAUCCAGGCUAUUAUCGACUGGGAAUACGCCGGAUUCUUCCCUGAGUACUUUGAGUGGCCUUUCUACGAAAGACGAGGCCCGUCAAUAGCUUUGGAUGGUGAACAUGACGAUUCCGCAGAGUUGCUGCAAUUUAUGGAGGCUUCCUGA